AUCUCGCACGGCCCUGUUCCGAGCAACAAUUCGGACACCAUUUCCCCAAAAGAGUAGGUGGGAGUUACUCUAAAUGGAGUCGAUAUUUGCCUCCACUUGGAUAUCGGCCACUAAUAUACCAUUUAUUCUUCGCCCCAUACCCACCCGACGUGAGGAAUGUGGACUUUAUUGGACAGUUCCAAGUCUUUGGAGUAUGUCUCAGGGACCGCUUUUCGGCGCCCCAAGGCUUCCUUGGAAUCCACUGUUUUCGGAUGGUUCGUCCACACAGAACCGGCGGGAAAACAUGCUUAAAUUAAGACCUGUUCCCCAUUAUGUCAUAAAAUUCAAACUUUUUUGGGGAUCUCUAUCCCUAUCAAGGGAUAUUCGAGAUCAAUUGACGCACUUCAGCACCCUCACCCUGUCGAGUCGAGCUUUUUUUUCUUGAACGUCUCUCCGUUGAAGAGGAAUAUCCCUGGUCA